AUGUUCUUCCGAAGAGACGGCGUGGAACCAUCUGCCUCUCAACUGCCAAAAGCCCGGUAUUCCCUCCGCGUGGAAGAGGGACUUCCCCUUUUGAAACUUUUCUCUCAUGCGCUAACUCGGCACCCGUACAAUCAGCAGGUAUUCCUGGUGGCAUCGGAUGGCUCACAAGGCUCAACAGCAGGCGCCCAGUCUGCUCUUAAAGCGGCGAUUUCUUGUGUGGCAAACAGGAGCUGCUGCAUUUGUUUAAGAAAUGUUCGCCUAGAAUCGUUCCUGCACCUUCCGCUGCAGCAGCUUCUGCUUAAGCGAUGGCAGGGAUCAGUGCUUACAUGGCGUGGACCGGGUGGCGCUGCUGCCUGCAGUGGUGCAUCUGCAGCAGAUGGAGCGGGGGUUUCCUGCUCGGUGGUUGGAGACACUGGGGGAGACAUGAAUGCAGCUUGUCUCCAGAAUGAUGGAAUCAUGAUUCUGAAGUUGGACCGCUUUACCGCACAGGUGUUGGGACUCGACACGUGGAUGCGGCUGCCUCACUUUAUGCGGAAAUCUUUGCCCCCUGGAACCCGCUAUCUAAAGAUCGACGUGCAGCAUCCAGCAGUUGUACGCCAUCAGAAGCCGCCCAGAGAAAGUGCCCGGCAUUCCCAGACGCAGAGCCAAUGGCCGGACAGGGAAAUGCAAACCGGAUACCCGCCGUCUCGCCUGUACGUGAAGCUUCAACGUGGUCUCAGCUCACUGGAGCCUGUUGACGUCCUCGCCAGCACUGCACCACCCGAAGGAGACUGCGAAAGCGUAGAAGCAAGGCGCAGGAUGGCGGAGCAACUGCAGCUGCUCUUGAGAGCGGGAGGCAGCCCAGAUGCCACUUGCCACCUUGUGCAGCUGCAGUGUCGCUUGUCAGAUUACAGAGGGGGUAUCAUGGACAUGACGGAAGAGGCUGCUUUGGCUGCAUCCACGAUGGCAAAUGCACACACGCAGCAAGAAGGUGACCUCCUAAUGACGCCAGAUCUUCCCGUUACUCAAAUGCCAAGCCGCCUUUUGCUGCCAGAUUGGGAUAAAUUCUUUGCAGCUGCUGCAGUGGCGGCGCCAAAACGCCGUCCUCUUCCGAGUGAGCACACCGAUGCAACUGUCGUAGAAAGGCACAGAUGCAGCAGGAAAACAGCCGGCCACCCUGGUGUGAGAAUCCCAAACCAAGCCAAGGCGCAGAGCUCCUUGAGCAAAGCAAGCUCUAGACGCAGCAGCAGCAGUGAACCACUGUCCCCCGUAAGCAGUCCUCGACAGGCUCCCCCACUCCGACCAGAUUUUCUUGAAGCUCUUCAACUCUUGCAUGAAAGACAGAAGCGGCGAUCAGCGAAGUCUCAGCAUGGGAGUAAAGGACACCAAGCAGCACCGGAAAGCGCCUCUCACACUGAGGAGGCGCUGCAGCUUGCGGCUGCACCUCCUUUCAGGAAAUUACCACAGGCGGAAGCCCUAUUCACUAGUGUCACAGAGUACCUGGGUUGCCUCGGCAUGGACAUGCCGGUGAACAAUGAUGACUGUGGGUGGCUUCGGAAAGCAGAUCGGAGGACGGACCCACAAUCAAUUCCCGUGGCCAGUGCAUCUGGAGGACUUCUUCAUUCGGCUGCUGUGGUGUCAGCUUCAGAGUCGUUGUACACUUGGCUACUAUCACAAAGACGAGGAGCGUGGGCAGCGGUAACUGUCGUGGGCGUUGCAGACACAGCAGCAGCCUACACAGGACAGCCUCAUGGGAGCGACAUCAGUGGCGAGUCGACCUUGCACUUCGUGCUCUAUGCGGAUGAAACUGACAGUGUUCGUGGGGCUCUAUUGCAGACGAUCUCUGCAUGCGAUGCAGCUACCAGUUUACCCUGA